ACCGACCGCAUGUAAAUUAAAUUGGGGUUUUAUAUGAAUUUAUGCAAGAAAACACAGAGCCUUCAAUAAAUUCUUUUUUAUCUUUAAUUGGGGUAGGAGUCAAGAAGAUAGUUCUUUUCUCAUCCUCUUCUUGUUCCUCCUCUACCUACUCAUUUGGGCAUCAUCUUCUUUGGGUAAGCUGAGAAUUGUUGAACAAGGAACACAGAUUCCCACAAUGCGAUUUCACAAGCUCAUCUAUCGCCAGGUUGUAAGAUUGUUGAAAAAACUUCUGUGCCCUCGCUCUAAAAAGAACAGAAGUCCUCUGGUAAAACCAGCCCAGAAGAACAUAAAUCUGUCUCAAAGUUUAGGGAUUUUAGCAGAACUUGAGAAGGUUUUCAGGCACUUUGAUGCUAAUGGUGAUGGGAAAAUCUCUGUUUCAGAACUGGGUGCUGUUAUAAAUUCCCUAGAAGGAACUUCCAGUGCCUCUGCAAGCCAUGAAGAGCUUGAGAUGAUGAUAAAGGAGGUGGACUCUGAUGGGGAUGGGUUUAUAGAUCUUCAGGAGUUCAUUGCUUUUAAUAUAAAGAGUGAGGGGGGUGGUGUUGGGAGCCUUAAAGAACUGAGAGAUGCAUUCAGGAUAUUUGACAGGGAUAGAAAUGGGUAUAUCUCUGCAGAGGAGUUGAGGAGUGUUUUGACCAGUUUGGGUGAUAGAUGCAGCCUUGAAGAUUGUUUAGAAAUGAUCAAAGGGGUUGAUUCAGAUGGGGAUGGGUUUGUUAACUUUGAAGAGUUUAGGAAUAUGAUGACAAGUUCCUGCAACUGAAAAUGGAAAACAUAUACAAUUUGUGUAUAUAAAAAGCUUUUUGUUCACAGGCCUAAAAUCAGGCAUGUACUUGUAUUAUUGCUCAAUGUGGGCUUUAUCAAAAAAAAAAUCUCUUUUCUCUUUUGUUUCAA